AUGAAGCAGCUCCACAAAGUUAAAACGGCAAACGCGCGUCCACUUUCCACAGUACUGCUCAAUACACCACACUUUACUUACCGCACUUCAAGCUGAUUUUUGGACUUCGGCUGAUUUCUUUCUGAACUCGUGUGGCUUUUUCUCUCCAGUCAGAGUUGUGUGUUAAGGCGCGUGAGCUGGACUGAGGUCCGAGGCCUCAAUGGAGAUGCUCGCUUUGAACGUUACCACGUGACCGCUGAGCUGCGAGACACGGUGACGUUGACCUUGUAACCAUGGACGUACAAGUCGACGGCAAACCGCGUCUUCACUACAGGCUCAACGGCUGCCAGCGAGCUAAAGAUGAUGGUCUACAGUUUCUCAGUGUGGAGGAAAAGGAGUGUAUUCUGUUCUUUGAGGAGACCAUAGACUCACUAGAGGAGGGUUUUGAUGAUACCACAGGAUUGACCUCUCGAAGAACAAAUCCUGCUGAGGGCCUUCAGACUUCAUCUAAUUCACUGUUAAGUCCUGCCUUUGCUGCAAAUGUUUCCCCCAGCCUAAUGGAGCAUGACAUCAUUGACUUGGUCCAUUCCCCAACUAACUUCACUAUGCCAGAUUUUCAGAAGCUUGCUGUAACACCAGAGUCUCAUUAUGAAAACAUACCAAAGAAGGACCCUAUGGAGAGUGUUGUCCCAUCCUCAACCGCAAGCUUUGAUGCACAUGAGGACAACAACCACCAGCCUCCUCCAGGCUCCGUUCCCACACCUGUAGUCAUAGCCAGCAAGAUCGCUGAGCACCGGGGUACUGGCGGAAUCACUCCAUCCACACUAUUAGGCCACAGACGCAGCCUGGAAUCCAAACGUGAGCCUCCCAUGCCUGCCAGGAACCCCCGUCUCCCCAGCAAAAUCAGCAUGACACGGAGCCCCAGAGACACCAGCCCUCACUCACUUGCCACGGCAGUUGUAAACCUUCAGGAACGCCGCUCACAGAUGUUGGCUAACCUGCCUGCUGGUAGCCAUCCGCUAGAGGGGGGAGAACCUUCCUGUAUGCGCAACUUGCCCAUGCGCAGUGUGUCGUUCAAAGAUAUGGAGCCUGAGAAGUCCAGGAUGGAGGCAUUGUCCAAGCUGGGGCUGAUGGGUAGCAAAACAUCUAAUUCGACAGCCAGCUUUGUUACUAAAGGGAGCAGCAGCACUACUUUACCUAACAGUAGUGCUUACAAAGUGAGCAGCAGUGCUACUUCACCUAUCAACAGCCCUAACAAACUGAACAUCAGUGCUAAUUCACCUACCAGCAGCCUUAACAAAGCAAGCAGCAGUGCUAAUUCACCUAUUAGCAGCUCUAACAAAGUGAACAUCAGUGCUAAUUCACCUAUCAGCAGCUUUAACAAAGCAAGCAGCAGUGCUACUUCACCUAUCAGCAGCCCUAACAAAGUGACCAUCAACACACAGGCUCAUACAUCUAACUACAUGAAUACCUCAAAUAGCACCCUUGCCUCUAGCAAUAGCUACGAGCCAAAACCAAGGGGUGAGAUCUCCUCCAACAGCUUUAACUAUUAUGGGGGAAAAUCUGCUGCAAUCUCGCCUAUGGCUAAAGACACAGCUCCGACUGUAAGCCUAGAGAGAAGGUCUAGUAUCCCACCUUCAAGUGCUGAAGUGAAACAGACCGACUUUAACAGCUAUGGUGGUAAGACCAUCAUUUUGAAUCCCAGCAAAAGUGUAAAGGCAGAGUCCAUCUCUCCCCUCUCUGCAAACACAUCUGAUGCAGCAGAAACCCAUUUCAACAGUUAUGGUGGCAGAUCAAAAGUUAUAAAAGUUAUAAAUCCUUCGGUGAACACAGAUGUACCAGAGGAGGUGAAUUUUGCUCAUAGCCAUUUACCAAAUAAUACUGUCGCACCCACCAUGCAUCACAGCAACCUGUCCAGAUCAAGCCACCCAGCCGAUCAAACCGGCUACGAUGCUAAACCCAAAGCUCCAACCCCUUUACAACCUGACCCGGUUCAUCAGCCUAUAGUUAGGAACAGGCCUGCAACUCUGCCCCCUCCAACAGCCCCCAGACCUCACUGUCCCACCGGAUCUCUGAGGCCUCGUCCAGAUCCGGUUCCUCCAGAGAUCCUCAGUAAGCCUGCACCGUCAUUCCGUGCUCAAGGCAUCACGGUACAGUUUUCUGGGAAAGGAACGACAGGAGAAGCCAGACGAGAUGCUUUGCGCAGACUGGGACUGCUAAAGCACACAUCCUAAACACACUACCUUUGGACAUUAUUUCCUGAAAUCCUUUUUAACAAAAAAUUCUGAUGAACUAAAAGCAAAAAGGUUAAAGAUCACACAGUUGUCCUUGAUAAUGGAGCUCAUCAACUUCUAUAGUAUUAUUUUCUAUUUUGAAUGCGUAAUCGGUAAUAGUUAUUUGAAUUAUAUCUAAUCUCAUGGAAAUUUAUUUAAGAUUGUACAGUACUUAACAAUUAUGUUACAGCACUAUCCAACAAACCACCAACCAUGACAUAGGCUACCAUCAAGCCAGUCUAUAAAAAGGAAAAAGUCAGAUCUCUUACUGUGAUUUUUGAGGAAACAAGUUGGCCUUAUGUACAUUUAUGCCAUUUGGCAGAUGCUCCAAAGUGACUUACGCUGAUUUCAUUUAUGCAGCUGAGGAUUAAGCAUCUUGCUCAAAUGUCCAGCAGUGGUAGCUUGGCAGUGCUUGGAUUUAAUCCGUCCAAUCUGAAUUCCAGGAUUCCUGAGCUACCACUCCCAUUGCAUUGCUUGAUGGACAUUUUCAUCACUACAAUAGUGGUACAGAAUGCAAGAAGGUCUGGAUCACAAUGCCACAGACCAAUUUUGGUUGUUCCCCAUGAGUCUUUCAGCACCUGAAUGAAUGGCCUCCUGGUUGACAGCAAAUUGAGCAGCGUCUACAGAAAUGAGGUUAUACACAAGCGAACACUGUAGUGAAUACAAGUGAAUUCAAUAAUGCUGAUAUGGUAGUGUGUGAUCGACAUAUGGGCUGGACAUCUGGAUCAUCGCUAUAAAGGACCAUGUCACUGGUGAUCUUUUAAAAGAGCAGAAUCCCCACAAUCCAGAUGUAACUUGACCACCAGCACCAAAACUUUUAUGGACAUUUUUAGUCAUUUAAAGACAGCGAUUAAUCCACAGUUCUCAGCAUUUUGAUACAUGAUUGAUAAACAAUGAAUUUGCAGAUUCCAGCUCCUUGCUUAGAGCUGGCUUCUUUACGCUGUGCUCAAAAGGAUAUUUUUAAACUGGACGGCACCUCCCACACUAAACCACAGCAAUCCAAAUGUAGCCUCUAUAGAUGAGGGUGGUGAUGGAAAAUGUAUUUUUCCCCCUUCUUUGGUUCUGUUUUUUGUUUGGAUUGGCACACUUUUUUCUAGACUUCUUCACUUUGAAUUUCUUUCUUCAUUAUUUACUGCUGCUCUUAAUGUUCAGUAUAUUCAGUGGUUUGUGUUGUAUAAGAAAUUUGUGUGCAUAUGUAUGUGUACGGAAAAAUCUUUGUGACACAAUGCAAGUGUAUGUGUGUGUUAGUGUGUGUGUAAGUGUAUAUUUGUGUGUGUGAGUGUGUGUGUGUGUGUGUGUGUGGUGAUGCAUGUGUAAUGGAUGAUGGAUGUGUGUAUGUUUGAUUUUUUUUUAAGUUAGUGUUUUUAUUUAUUUUUUUAAAUACUGACUCCGGUUUUUUUUGUAGCAAUUCUACAAACAUAAAUGAAGGACCUAAAACACAAGAAUGUGUUUUUACACACAUACACACAACACAUACACACAUAUACACGCAAAGCAAAGCAAUCCUAUUAUCCACUCUUCACCAUUAUUUUCAGUCUUUACAAAUGUUGCCACUGCAGUAAGAAACAGAACCAUAAGCUUUGUUUUCUUUUCCCAUUUAAAUAUCACCUAUACUUUAAGCUAUUUGUAUAGUCAAUUAUAUGUACCACAGCCUGCUAUUUUUUCUGUGAAUAAAAACUUUCUCACCCUCAUGAUUGUGCUUGUGCCUUAAGGAUUUAUAAAGCUGUAAAUAUAUAUUAUAAGCAUUUAUUUAAAAAUGUUUAUACUGCUGUAUACAUGUUACAUUAAGCUGAAUAAACAUUUAAGCAAUUCAGCAUGAAAGGAAAUAAUGCAAUGACAGAAUCUGAGUGAAGUAAACUAACAGGGAAGAAUUUGUCUGUAGUG